AAAGCACGUUCACGUGAUCCCGAAAGAUAUCGGAUCGUGCAGAAUCAGGAAAAGCACACUGUUAUUGAGGCGCACUGGGAAAUGCAGGAGCACAGGUCGACCAGUACCAGGUCAAUAACGGCUUAGAUAUGGCCAAGGAAAUAUUCAGCAAAGACGAGACCCUUUCUAUGAGGAGAAAAUUAAUCGGGCAAUCCAUCAAAUUGUUUUAUUCGGACAACCCAGUUAAGAUAGUAAGAGGUCGAGGACAAUACCUGUAUGACGAAAAGGACGUGCGCUAUUUGGACUGCAUCAGCAACGUCCACCAUGUUGGCCACUGUCACCCAGACGUCACUCGAGCCGCCACCGCUCAAAUGGAACUCCUGAACACCAACUCUCGCUUUCUGCACGACAACAUCAUCUCGUAUGCAAAUCGUCUGUCUGCGACUCUUCCGGACAAACUCAGCGUUUUCUACUUUGUUAAUUCAGGUUCCGAGGCCAACGAUCUUGCUCUGCGCUUGGCCCAGCAGUACACCCAACACGAAGAUGUGAUUGUUCUAGACCAUGCAUACCAUGGUCAUCUCAAGUCCCUCAUCGACAUAAGUCCAUACAAGUUCCGAAAACUGUCAGGUCAGAAGGAAUGGGUCCAUGUGGCACCCUUGCCCGAUAUCUACCGGGGGUUGUACCGAGAAGACCACCCGAACCCAGGGGAAGCAUACGCAGACACCGUAAGAGAUGUGAUUGAGGACGUGCACAGCAAAGGGCGUAAGAUCUCCGCAUUCUUCUGUGAGUCCUUGCCAAGUGUUGGAGGCCAAAUCAUUUUGCCGCAAGGAUACUUAACUAAAGUGUCCGAAUACGUGCGCUCAGCGGGGGGUGUGCUCGUGGUGGACGAGGUGCAGACGGGCUUCGGCCGCGUGGGGAGCCACUUCUGGGCCUUUCAGAUGCAGGGGGAAGCGUGCUGUCCCGACAUCGUGACCAUGGGGAAGCCCAUGGGGAACGGACAUCCUUUGGCCUGCGUGGCCACCACCGAGGAGGUAGCCGGGGCCUUCGCCGGCACGGGGGUGGAGUACUUCAACACGUUCGGAGGGAACCCGGUGUCUUGUGCGAUAGGCUUGGCCGUCCUAAAUGUCCUUGAGCAGGAAGACAUGAGAGGGAACGCCACCAGGGUGGGGGCACACCUUAAAGACCUGCUCAACAAGCUCCAAACUAAGCAUCAGAUAGUUGGGGAUGUCCGUGGGGUAGGGCUGUUUCUGGGUCUGGAGCUGGUGGUCGACCGAGAGCUAAGGACUCCCGCCACUGAGGUCGCGGCGGCAGUGGUGAAAAGGUUAAGAGAGGAGAGGAUCUUUGUGAGUACAGAUGGCCCGUUUGAGAGUGUGAUCAAAUUCAAGCCCCCCAUGUGCUUCAGCAUAGCAGACGCAGACCUCGUGGCGCAGAAGAUUGACCACGUACUCACUGACAUGCCGGUGGUCAUUCCCUAACCUUAAUCCAGAGUAAUCCAAAACCAAGGAUAACUACUGCAGAUCCAGGAAAUGUCAACUGGUUAUGCCAAAAUAUUAAACAAUAUCGAAAUACUG